AUGCCACCCAAACUAUCCAAAAGCGCUAGACAGCAUCUCAUUCUGACUCACCUUCGCGCCACUGGAACCUGUCACACGCUCAAGGAUCUAGAGAAGACGCUACCCUCGGUGGCAUCCAUCAAUGGGAUCCAAGUCAAGGAGUACAUUCAGGCGCUAACCGAUGAGAACCGACUACGAGUCGAAAAGAUCGGCAGCGGCAACUGGUACUGGAGCUUCGCCAGUGACGAAAAGCACGAACAAGAGCGCCACUUGGCCCGGGUGAGCGCGGAAGUGGAGAAAUCUCGGAAGUCCUGCACCGAGAUGAUGGCGGCCCUGGCCGAUGAGACAGCCCGUCGAGAGGAAGAACCCGAAGACGAGGGAAAAGAGGGAGUCCCUCAUACUCCAGAAGGCCGGACUUCAGAUGGCCGCGGAUCGGAGCUAGCGGGGUUCCGGCAGGAUGCACUGAAGUGGACAGACAACAUCUACGUGCUAGAGGAGUAUUUGCGCAAGUUAGCAGGCGGGGACAGACAAAUGGUGGAGGAAGUGUUGCGAGAAUGCUAUGGAGACGAGUACGUGGACGGAGAGGGUCUACGAGAACUAUGA